GCUGUGAGCAGAAGUAAAACGAAGACCCCGCUCGCGGAAAACUGUGGUAACUGUGGUGUACAGCUGCAGAGAUGCGCGACAGAAAAACAACCACAAACGAUGGAAUUGGAGAAGCAGCACAAGGCUGGAAACUAACCACAGCAAUCUAAAUCACCCGAAAUGCUUCGAGACAGCAAGGGAAGCCGUCUUUUGAGAUAAUAAAGCGAAGACAGCUCGAUCUGAAUACAGGGGACGGGAGGGGUCGAUCAUGGGGAACGAAGCGAGUCUGGAAGGAGGCGAUGGGCCGCCAUCUGGGCUACCGGAGGGGCUGGCACCUGACGGGAAGGGCGGCUUCGUCAGGGUCUCCGAUGGGUCUCCGGUCAACCUGAGCGGCCUAAGCGAGGAGGAGAGGAGGCAGCUCUCCGCGGCGAUGGCCAGGGCACAAGGCAGGCAGCCCGGAGCUCCAGCGGCCGCACGAAGACCUUCAGAAUCUGAUGCUCAGCAACAAUACCAGCAGACAGGGGCCUCCAGGGGCCCAACAGGUUUAAGUAAAAGCAGAACUGUUGACGCCUUCAAUCAGGGUCCACCUGGCAAGCCCACACCAGGCCGCAGCCCCUCAUCCCUCAGCCUCUUUGAAUCUCGAUUCCGGCAGGAGCCAAAAGGCCCUGAGACCAAGUCAUCCGGCAUGUUUGGUUCCAGCUUCCUCAGUGGGGCAAACCCUCUCAGUGCGGUAUCAUCAAUGACAUCCUCUGUUUCAUCCUCCAUAUCAUCAAUGGGUGAUGCUGUCAACAUCCCCAAGUUUGGGCUGUUUGGGGAUGAAGAAGUGGAAGAUGCAUCUGCAAAAACUGAGUCCAAACAAGGAGGGAAGCCACUGGGAAAAGGUCCUCAGCAAGGACCGAGCCCAAAAGGAUCACAGCAAGGAGGACCCCAAAAACAAAGUCAAGGUCCUCCUGGGCAAGGACCAAAACCAGGACAAGGACCCCCUGGGAUGGGACCCAGGCAAGGUCAGGGUCCCCCGGGUCAUGGACCCAAAUCAGGUCAAGGACCUCCAGGCCAAGGACCCCCUGGUCAAGGACCUAGGCAAGGUCAGGGGUCUAAAUCAGGUCAAGGUCCUCCUGGUCAAGGACCCCUGGGGCAGGCCCCCAGGCAAAGUCAGGGAAAACCAGGUCAAGAUUCUUCAGGGCAGCAAGUAUCGAAACCAGCCCAAGGUGGGCCUCCUCAACAAAAAGCUGGUCUUCCCCAACAAGGAUCUGAAAAGCCUGGAAAUAAGCCCCAAGAACAGCAGGGCCAUCCUGGAAUGUUGGUAAAGGGUCCUCCUGGGCAACAAAAAGCUGGAAUGCCAGCAGGGGGACUCUGCCCAUUGUGCAAGACCACCCAGCUGAACACCGGAUCUAAGGACCCACCAAAUUACAACAGCUGCACCGAGUGUAAGAACCAGGUCUGCAGUCUCUGUGGUUUUAGCCCCCCUGACUCAGCGGGUAAAGAAUGGCUAUGUCUGAACUGCCAGAUGCAGCGAGCAAUGGGAGGAAUGGACCCACCUGGCAUGGCGAGGCCCAAACAAGGCUCAGCUCCACCCUCGCCCCAGAGACAGGCGUCUGGUAAACCUGGAAAGCUGCUGAUAAAGCAGCAGAGCACCACCGACCAGGGCUUAACACCACCAACAACACCAAGGCAGAAAUCCCCAAGUCCUUUGUCUCCAGGACCCCUUUCCCCAGGUUCAUCAGCAGCAGGGUCUCCCAAAAUUGACCCCAAGACAGGUCGUCCCAUUCAGCAGAAGUCUAGUCCUCAGCAGUCUCCAGCUAAAGCCAAACAGGAGUCCAGCUUCUUCAGUGGUUUAGGGGGUAUCAGUUUGGGAGGCCUCACAGAUGCAGCUAAGCCUCCUGCAGCUGCUACACAAGCUGCUGAAUCUGUCACAGGAAAACUGUUCAGUGGUUUUGGUGGUUUGAUGGACUCAUCAAAGCCUCCAGCACAGGCUGCUCCUAAACAAGAGGAGUCGGUGGCUGGGAAGUUGUUUGGAGGUUUUGGGGGGUUAGGGGAGUCGGCUAAAUCUCCUGCUGCUGCUUCUCAAGUGUUCAGCUUUGGAUCGUCUCUCCUGAAUUCAGCCACCAUUCUCGUUUCUGGAGAGGAUGUCAAGGCGCCAGAGUCUCCCCCUGGAUCACCACGCUCUGCUCCAGAAUCAGGGCCUGGUUCACCACCUGACUCUCCAUUCUCUGCUCCUGGUUCUCCCCCAGACUCAGACUCUGCUCCAGACACUCCACCUGCUGGUUCUAAGAAACCCCCCAGACAAAGCUCUGUAGAACAGAAACAGAAAGUCCAAGCUGCUGAAUCAGUUCAAGCUUCGGCUUCUGUUCCCAAGAAGAACUGCCCUCUCUGUAAUUUGGAGCUGAAUAUCGGGUCAGCAGACACACCCAACCACAACCUGUGCACUGAUUGCAAGAAGGAAGUUUGCAAUCGUUGUGGGUUCAACCCUAAUCCACAUUUAGGAGAGAAAGAAUGGCUUUGCCUCAACUGUCAAACGCAACAAGCCAUUUCAGGCCAGUUGGGAGACAUGCCGCCUCCAUCUAUGGCUUCUCCAGAGACGCAACCACCUGCUGCUCAGUCUACUCCUUCCUGUGUUCCCGCUCCUGCUUCUGUAGAUAGCAAACCUGUAGCCGAAGCAAUAGAACCAACCCCACCAGCUCCCGAGCCCAAGAUUGAAAUGAUGAAGACUUUGAAGGAGCCUGAUGUAAGGGAAGUGAAGGCCAAAGAAGGCAGUCCCACCAGUCCCUCAGACAUUUCAAAACUAGAAAGUUCAGUCCUUCCCAUUCUUGAGGCCCCAGGGAGUACACCAGAGGAAAAACAAACUCUAAAGGCCAGGCGUAAAUUAGAGGUACUCCCUCUUUCACCUGAUUCUCCUAGUUCUGAAGAGGAUAAGGAACUUUUGGAGAAGAACAUCAAUGGCACCACAAAGAAAAAGCUCCUUGUCCCAAUGGAUGUCAAGGCUGAUUCUUUAGAUGACAGCAGUGAAAGCUUUGGAAAAGAAAGCCCAAUGUCAGGAGAAGAUGAGGACUUUAUUAGAAAACAGAUCAUAGAAAUGAGUGAGAAUGAGGAUGCCUCACCAUCUGAUGAGGAAAACCUGAUCAGGCGUAAGAUCAGAGAGGAUGAGAAGAAAAAAGUGGAACAAAGGAAAACUGAGACUACAGACAAGAGCUCAUUGGGGAAAGCUAGACGACUCACAAAGAAAACAACUAUAAGUCCAGAUGAUGAUGAUAAAGAUUUUGCAUCCACACUGGAUAAACCUCUUAGUGAUCAAAUGGAGCAACAAGAAGAAAAACAGGAAGAUGAUAAAAUCAGUACCGCAGUCCGCAAUUUCCAAACCAUGGAGCUGAAUACAAUCAGCAGCCCAGUGCGUAUACCGAUUGCUGAUGGAGAGGCAGAAAUGGAAAGUCUUACAGACUCUCCAGAAGACCGGUCCAGAGGUGAUGGGUCUUCUAGUCUGCAUGCAUCGAGCUUCACACCAGGAACAUCCCCAACAUCACUUUCAUCACUGGAUGAAGACAGUGACAGCAGCCCGAGCCGCAUCCGGUCUGGUGAGGGUAAACAGCACAGAAAAGCCAAACAUAGACAGACUGGUCAAAUGCUGCCAACUAUUGAGGACUCCUCUGAGGAAGAAGAGCUGCGAGAAGAGGAAGAAUUACUCAGGGAGCAAGAAAAGCAGAAAGGUUCAGGAAAAAAAUCUAAGAAAGACAAAGAUGAGAUCCGUGCCCAGAGGAGGCGAGAACAUCCAAAGACAACACCAAGUAACCUUUCUCCUAUUGAAGAUGCCUCGCCUACAGAAGAGCAGAGGCAAGAAGCAGAAAUGGAGGAGAUCAGACGAUCAUCCUGUUCUGAUUUUUCCCCGAGUUUUGAAUCAGAUCCUGAAGGAUUUGAAAUCCACGCUUCAAAGAAUGCAGCAGUCCACAAAACAUAUCAGCUGCCUGUAUCAAUGUCUCUUCACUCACCAACAGAUGACCAAACCACUGAUGAACCUCAAACAAAACCUCUCAAAUCUGCUGAUGAAGCCUAUGAGGAAAUAAUGCUGAGGGCCAAAUCACCAACAGUUGACAGAGUUGAGAUUCAAUCAGACAAACAGUCUGUUUAUGGACGUGUGCUAAUUGAAGACUAUGCCUACUCAUCUUUUGAUCUAGAAGAGCCAGAAAAAAUGACAGUUCCCACUCAAAAUAAAAAGCUAAGGUCACCAGAUGAAGUGUAUGAAGAUAUGAUAAAGAAGAGAAAAGAAUUUAUGCAGCUGGAACAGGAAUAUGAAAAAAUGAAGCCAAAACAUGAAACGCCAAAUCCAGAAAUUGUGCUUCAACUUGCUGAGAAUAUCUCCAAAAGCAGCACAGUAAUAUUAGGUAAAGAUGGGAAACCAUUGUUGGAUGCAGAGACUGCCUAUGAAGAGCUAAUGAAAAAAGUCCUAACUCCGGGAACGAGUCCAACUCAACUUGAACCAGAAGUGGAAUUUACUGUAACAAAAAAGGCCCUCCGUCCCAUACCAGACCUAAAAGUGACACAGUGCUCUUCAGGAGAGUUAUCAUCUGAUGAAGAAUCUGCAGUUAAAAAGGAACAGGAGACAGGUGCUGUGUCAGUUGUAAAACCUGAAGUGGAGCCUGAACCUUUGAAAGGUGUUUCUGAAUCUUCCCCAUUGCCCACAACUGAUCAGCAACCUCAGACAACAGUAAUAACUUCCCAUGUUGCUCUUGUAGACUUAUCAAGCACUUUCACAAGAUCAUCAUCCCCUGUAAUUGCCAGUGCAUCGCCUUUGCCCACAGUCCCACAGUACACACCUAGUAUACCCAGUGUAGUGUCAACAGCACCACCUGUCCCCCCUAAACCAAAUGUCUUGCGUAGGGCAAACUCUCAGGAACAAUCAGAAGAACCUGUUGCACCACCCAUGCCUCCUCCCACUCCUCUAAAACCUACUGUUUUCCCCAGAAAAGCUCCAAUACCACUUCCACCUCAGGCUUCAGCUCCCCUGAAAAAAACAGAGUCAGUGGUUAUGACAACACCACAAGGAUCACCUGUAAGACAAGCAGUUACCCCAACAUAUAAGCCUCAUGUUCCUCCUCCUGUUCCCCCAAAGCCAGCCAUUCCUCCUGGAAUUGGGGACAGUCAUAAAGCAGGACACAUUGCCAAACCACCAAUUGCACCAAAGCCUGGUUCACAGCCACCUUCACCUGCUCAUGCCCCACAUGCAGCAAGACCAACUGUACUACCUACCAGUCAUGGUGACACAGUCCUUAAUCUGAGCCCUUCUUCUGAAAGCAAGAUAUUUCAGCCCUCACCAAAGUCUCCUUCCUCUCCAAGAUAUGUCAGCAACCUCCGUGACACAUAUGUAGUCAUCACACUGCCAUCCCAGCCUAGUUCUCCUGUUGACAGUGUCACAACUCAAGCUCCCUCUAGUCCUGGACCAACACCCCCAUCACGUCAAGCUCAGCCCGAAAGUUAUUACCAACCACAGUCUCAACAACACCAAUAUUCACAGCACUAUCAACACCCAACUCCUCCUCAAACAACCAGGGUGCCUCUGGCAUACACACGUGUCACUGAAUCUAUUGAAAACCAAGAGGUUUGUAGCCCAGAAAAACAUGUAUCCAGUUCUUGUCAUAUAAUUGAGGCAAUAUCGGCCUCAGCACAGCAACCCGUUGUUAUGCCUAACCUCAUAUCGCAAGUGGUUACUACAGAAGUUCAAAGAACCACUGUCUCUGUUGUUCAUGAAAGAACACCAGCACCAAUACCAGCCCCAAGGGCAAAUGGUGUCCCUAUCUUGAUGGAGAAAGCUAUGCCCCUGAUUUCUGCUCAGAAUGAACAGGUCUCUCAACCCACUGAGGUUGUGGAUCUUAGAACAGUGAAGGUUGAUUCAGAAUUAAACAUGAAUGGUGUUGAUCUGACUACCAGCCCAGAUUCAAGACGCCCAUCUUUUGCAGGGGAAGGCAGCCGUCACAACAGUGCAGUACAAUCACCAGUGGUCAACCUCAGCACUGAAUCAUCCACUGUUUCUAUAGUGACUGAUAGCAUCACCAUUGUAACUUGUGCUGCUACAAUCCAGCAAAGUGACAUUGUAGAACUAUCUCAAGCAUCUUCAGUGCCCCUCCAGCUAACAACAAACAAGUCAUUUGAACCAGUUUCUCAAAUUGUAUAUCGACCAAUUGAUUCCCAGCCCUCCACUCUUGCUACCACAGAGAUCCCAAUCAACCUAACAGUUGGAUCAAACACAAUUGUAGGAAGUUCACAAGCCACUUCAGCUUCUUUUGCAUCCAAUUAUGUUGCAAGCUGUGUUGCCAAUGGAUUAACAACAGGAAGAACAACAGUGGCAGGAGCUGUUGACCUCAGUACCACAAAAUCUUUCAAUACUAUGGUGUGUAUAGAUGAUAAAUCUACAGAUGUGGUCACAGCUGUAAUUACAGAUGACAGCAAACCAGUGGAUCUGACAGCAGGGAAAAGAGCUGUCUGUUGUGACGUUGUGUACAAGCUCCCUUUUGCAGGAAGUUGUGCAACUCAGCAGCCUACCACACCUCUUCCCGAAGAUCGUUUUGGAUACCGUGAUGACCAUUAUCAAUAUGAUAGAACACCUUAUGGCAUGAGAGGAUUUGGAGGAAUUAAACCGUCAAUGUCAGAUACCAACCUAGCAGAGGCUGGCCUGUUCUUAUACAGGAGUAAGAACAGCUAUAAUUUCAUAACUACAACAGAUGGUGCAGUAGAUCUUACUUCAACAAAGAUAUCAGAUGCAGGUGAAGCUGUUGACUACUCCAAGAAAGGGAGUUAUUCAGGAAUGGGAAUUCUACCGCAUUCCCAAGCCAGUGUCGCAAGUGCUGUCAGUACACUCUUUGGCACAACCAGUGUUUUGAGGUCAUCAAAUGGAGUGGUCUAUUCCUCUGUUGCAGCACCAAUACCAUCUACAUAUGCCAUUACUACCCAGCCUGGUUCUAUAUUUAGUGCCCCAACAUACAAUGCCAUUGCAGGUAUGCACACAAGUGACACAAUGCCUUCACUGUCUGCUCUACAGAACAUACCACUUACAAGAUCCCAAAGUUUUCUGUCGACCGUCCCUGCGUCUUCAACGGAAGAUCAAGGAGUUGUGCCUCUCAAUCUGGAGAUCACCAGAGGUGGUGCUUUAAGUAUUGAUACUAUGUCUAAAGCUACCACAUCUUUAUCCCUUGACACUUAUACAGAUGCAUCUCUGGAGGCUAUAGCUGCUUCUCUUGAGGCCUUGUCCUCACCAAUGAUUCCUGGGGAUGGCCAGUAUCAAGCAGAGCGUGAGAGGUUAGAAAUGGAAAAACUCAAGCAGCAACGCCUGGCUGAAGAAUUAGAAUGGGAGCGACAGGAGAUUCAAAGGUUUCGGGAACAAGAACAGCUCCUGGUACAAAAAGAGUUAGAGGAACUACAAUCCAUGAAGCAGCAGAUACUGGCACAACAAGAAGAAGAAAGACAGGCCCACCUCAUGAUGCAAAAAGAAACCUAUGCCCAGCAACAGCAGCAGCUUGAGCAAAUACAAAAACUCCAAGAACAGUUGCGUCUACAACUUGAAGAACAAAAGUUUCGCCAAAUGUACCCAGAUAGGGAUUUGCUAGGGCAUGGAGUUCAGGAAGCUGUUGUCUUGGGCCCUGAUGGCACAGUUCUCUCUCGAAAGAUCACUGACAGUGGGUGCCAGACGGAUGAGGAAGAUGAAGCAGUAAGCAAAGCUUACACAGCAGGAAGAAAAAAGAGAAGCGCUAAAAAGAGUGUUGAUAGCUGUGUGCAGACUGAUGAUGAAGAUCAAGAAGAAUGGGAGGCACAAAACAAAAGCCAUCAAAGCCGUCCACGUACUGCUAGAGGUGACAGGACUGGGUAUUCUGAAGUGUCUCUUCAAGCCCACACUGAAAUUUCAAUCCAAACUGACAAAGAGGGAAAUAUUCGAAUGGACACCAGAAUGGAGUUGUCAGACUCUGAGAGAACCUCACCAAAGAGGCGACCUACUCCCAUAGAAAUUGCCCAGUCUCCUAGCCUUAAACCAGACUUUUCUUCCCUUCAAGCUGCUCCUAAAUCUCCAAAAGUGUUGUAUUCUCCUAUAUCUCCCUGCAUAUCACCUAGCAAAUCUCUUGAAUUUGUGUCUUAUGAUAAGUCUCUGGGUGACACAAGUCCACAAAAGCUAAGGGAAAACAUAGACCCAUCAAAAGGCUCUCCAGGAAGCACCAGAGGAAUCAAAACCAUUCAGCGAUCCCAGUCUGACCCCAAGUCCAUGAGUCCAACUGCAGAGGAAAGAGCAGCUUCAGGCACCCAGUAUGCUGAUGGCCACACAGGGAAGGGCUCUGGAGGCACACCAACAGGCACUCAAAAGAAGGUGAAGAGAACUCUUCCCAAUCCACCAUCUGAAGAUGAGUCAACAACCACUGGCCAGACUGCAUACAGUACUGGUUCUGCCAGGAGAAGAAUGUGCCGCAAUUCCAACAUGGCACGUGCUAAGAUCCUACAAGACAUUGAUCGUGAGCUAGAUCUGGUGGAGCGGGAGUCUUCCAAGCUUCGCAAAAGACAAGCUGAAUUAGAUGAAGAGGAAAAGGAGAUUGAUGCUAGACUCAGAUACUUAGAAAUGGGGAUUAAUCGGAGAAAGGAUGCACUCCUGAAAGAGAGAGAGAAAAGAGAACGGGCUUAUCUACAGAGUGUCGCAGAAGAUAGAGAUUAUAUGUCAGACAGUGAAGUUAGUAACAUUCGAGAGACGAGAGGUGUUCAUGAAGGCGGUGAUGACGAGGAAAUUGAGAGUGUUGGUCUUGAACGUCCAAGGACAGCUCCUCAUUCAGAGCUUGAUGACUUUGUUCCACCUCAAACCAAGCAUGAAUAUGGAAAAUACUCUCAGUACCAAUAUCCUCAAAGCCAGUACCAACAGUCAAUCUACCAGAUUCCACAGUCCUAUCAAUCUCAUUCUAUCUACUCCUCUGUUCCCUCCCUCACUACCUCCCAGCAGCAGAGUUACCACCAGAUGCUUUUGUUACAACAAAAAGCUGCCAGACAAGCUGCCCUUCUCUCGGAACUUGAUGCAACUAAAUAUGAUGUCAUUAGUCAGCAACCUGAUCCUACAUCCUCAGCUUACCUUGGUGUCAAGUAUGACAAAUAUGGCAACCAUCUUGACCUCAGAGCUUUAGAGGUGGGAAGUAUGGCAGGUAGUCCAUUGCCAACUGUCUCAGAUUCCUAUUACACAGAUGUGGACCAUCAUACACCUCGGAGCUACAUGCUGCUAGAAGAUGCUGCAGAGCUUGCUAAGACAUCUACAGGACUGUCUUCAUCAUAUAUUCUGGCUGAGAGAGAACUGGCUAAGGCCGAGAAGCUAUUGCGUAGAAGUGCUGCAGAUCUUGGGUCAACUGACUAUCUGGGUUCCUCCUCUCGAAUCCAUACUUUUGGAAAAACCCCUGAUGAAGAGGACACAAUGGAGGAACCCUAUGAACUGAAACUUCUGAAGCAGCAGUUAAAGCAAGAGUUUAGAAGAAGUACAGGUGGGACAGAAAAUUUAGAGCAGCUGACAGGUGUCUCUCAACACUACUAUACUCCAAGUUCUGGUAUCUCUAGUUACUCUCAAAGACAAUAUCCCAAGUCAGAAAAGUACAGCAUCAGUCGACUUACUUUGGAGAAGCAGGCAGCUAAACAACUUCCGGCAUCUGUGUUGUACCAAAAACACAAAACUCCACUGAUAGAUCCUAAAAUCUCUUCCAAGUAUUCCUCCAUUUCAGACAGCCGAGGUUUGGAAACUGAUUAUACCAGCUAUCUGGGCUCUACCAGUGCAUCUCCAAGAUCAAGCCGGCUGAUGCAAGAUGAAAUUACCUUCGGACUUCGUAAGAAUAUUGCAGAACAACAAAAGUAUCUUGGAUCUACCUUGGGAGCCAACUUAGCAGGGUCACUAAAUCUAGGCCAGAGCUUGGGUUUGGACUCCGCCUAUCCUAGUGGUAGUCGGUCAAGACCCUCAUCAAGACCCACAUCUUGUUAUGGCCUAGACUUGUCGAUCAAACGGGACCUUUCAAGUUCUUCACUGAGGCUUAAAGGAGAUGGAGAAGCAUCUGGAGAUGUUCCAAGUUUUCAGACACCCUCUGGUCGCACUAAGCCCACAAGCCUUCCUAUUGUGCAAAGUGGCCGUGGACGAAUCCCAAUCGUGGCCCAGAACUCCGAGGAAGAGAGUCCCUUGAGUCCUGUUGGUCAACCCAUGGGCAUGGCACGUGCAUCAGCGGGACCUCUGCCUCCUAUCUCAGCUGAUUCAAGGGACCAGUUUGGUUCUUGCCUGUCCUUGCAGGAUUCCCAGCAGCAACAUAUAAGGGAAGAGACAACGAGGGGUAGGGGUUAUGCAUUGCUCGAUGAUCUUCAAGGAACAAUGUCGGACAGUGAAGCCCUAAGUGAUUCCGUGAUGGCUUUGAACAGAGAGGAUGCAUCAAAUGCUUACCACCUUAGAAGAGAAGAGACAGACUGGUUUGACAAACCAAGAGAAGGACGACCAGAGAAUGGCCAAGAAAAGAGACAGGGAAAAGGUCCAUACUACCCGUUCCCUCAUCUUAGGGUCAAACUGCAGAGGGAUCUCAAAGACCGCAGUGUCUCAGGAAAUGGUUUGGGGAUCCGUAUAGUUGGAGGAAAGGAGGUACCCGGCAGUAACGGUGACAUCGGAGCCUAUGUUGCAAAAGUCCUGCCAGGUGGAGCUGCAGAACAAACUGGAAAAAUUCUUGAAGGAAUGCAAGUCUUGGAGUGGAACGGUGUUCCUCUAGCGGGUAAAACCUACGAGGAAGUACAAGGAUGUGUGGGACAGCUGUGUAACGACGCAGAAGUGUGUGUCAGGCUUGAUCUUAACAUGCUGGCGGAGUGUGAGGGUUCUCAGCACCUGGAUUUCCAGGAGCAUCAUAAAGGUGACAGACCUCCCAGGUCUCCAGGUGUUGACCCCAAACAGCUGGCAGCUGAGCUGCAGAAAGUUUCACAGCAGCAGGGUCCAACGUCCUCUUCUUCUUCAAGCCUUCCUGCCCUGACCUCAGCGACCUCCAGCCCUGCUCAGCCAGGAUCCCCCUCUGUUAGCAAGAAACGCCACAGCAACAAGGCUUUAGAUGGAACCAAAACCCAGUCCCACCCAGUUUCAGGAGAGAUCCAGCUUCAGAUUCACUACGACAAGCAGCUGGGCAACUUGAUAGUCCACGUCCUGCAGGCCAGAAACCUUGCACCGCGGGACAACAACGGCUACUCUGAUCCAUUUGUAAAAGUGUAUCUCCUGCCAGGGAGAGGUCAGGUCAUGGUUGUCCAGAAUGCCAGUGCUGAAAACAAGAGGAAAUCCAAACAUGCAGGCAAGAGCCUAAAUCCUGAGUGGAACCAGACUGUUAUUUACAAAAACAUCCACCUGGAGCAACUGAGGAAGAAGACUCUAGAGGUGAGCGUUUGGGAUUACGACAAAGGUUCCUCUAAUGACUUCUUAGGAGAGGUCCUUAUCGACCUUUCCAACACAGCUCAAUUGGACAACAUUCCACGAUGGCUCCCUCUUAAGGAGCAGAGUGAGGGGGACCACCACAGACGCUCCCACUCUGGCCAGAGCCGACACAAUUCCUCCAAACCCUCCUCACAGCACUCGUCUCCCAAGACCGCAGUCUCUGGACAGGAGAGUCAGGAUUCCCCCAAGUCAUCUGUCAUCAAGAGCAGAAGUCAUGGGAUCUUUCCGGAUCCAGCCAAGGCACGAUCGAGCUACAGAUCCGGCGAUGCCCCGGCCAUGGCCGCCUCAUUGGACAGCGGGCUGAGCGGCAGCGCUUACAGCCUUUUGGACGAAGAAGGAGAGACGAACGAAGUGGACAGCGCUAUCUUCCAGGUUCCCCGAUUUGGAAAGAUCCCAAACGGCACAGACGUUAUUAAAUCAUCAAUGGGACACAGUGAUGCUGAAGGUAAGACUCAAGUGAUGGGGGAGAUCAGGAUCGCGCUGAAGAGGGAGAUGAAAACCGAAGGGGAGCACCUGGUUCUUGAGAUUCUUCAGUGUCGCAACAUCACCUACAAGUUCAAGACUCCAGACCACCUGCCUGAUCUUUAUGUGAAGCUGUACGUUGUGAACAUUGCCACCCAGAAAAGGGUCAUCAAGAAGAAGACCAGAGUUUGCCGCCACGACCGUGAGCCAUCUUUUAACGAAACGUUCCGCUUCUGUAUGAAUCCAACUGGACACUCACUCCAGCUGUUCCUGGUGUCAAAUGGUGGCAAGUUUAUGAAGAAGACCCUCAUCGGAGAGGCCUACGUCUGGCUGGACAAAAUAGACUUGCGGAAGAGAGUGGUGAGCUGGCACAAGCUGCUCGCUAGCACUGCUCACAUCCACUCGUAGGACUGCACUGAACUGAUUUUAAAAAGACAUCAGGUUUCUGACUUCUGGGGAUAUUUAGAAUCAGUGUUUUAUAUAAAAAAAUGAUCCAGUUGUCUGUUUGAUUUUUUGGAAACAGAAGAAACAAAACCUUCCUGUUUUCAGCUUUUUUUUUUCCCAGGGCUCGGAUAGCUUUUGUUUUGGGGGCGUGAUUACAGGAAAUAUACACGUUUACAGAAAACGGCGUUCGCGAUAGCAUAGCCAGGGCUGAGGAGAACACAAAGCUCACAAUUAACCAGGUAUUACACACUUUAGUUCACAAGCACAUGCAUAUGUUUCAUUUGCACAAAAGCAUGCGGAUGUUUAAUUUUAAUACGUGAAAACAAGUUCAUAAAUAGAUGUUUUAUCUGGUGAAGAUUCUUUACAUCAGCACUUAUCAUUGCUUUAGCGAAAGUUCUAAUGGUUUAUAAAGCAUUUUAAGAAUGAGAUAUUGGAGCUUAUUUAUUUUUAUAUUAGAUAUUAUUAUGUCUUUUUAUUUAUUUAGAUUCUUUAAAAACACAUUCAUCGUUGAAGGGGUGUGUCUUUUCCAACAUUUCUUUUGUGUUGAAUUCAAGACAGAAGAAUCACAAAUUAGAUUUUUAGUUGAACAAAUCCCCCUGCACAUAUUUGCUUUAGCCUUUCAUCAGAUAUUUUUAUUAAAGGAUGAAUUAUAAUCUAUACAAAAAUGUGGAUAUUAUACGGUACAUUGUGCUCACGACGUGACGUGCCAUAGCUGGAGAUGAGUAUAAAUAGAUAUUUAAGAUGACUUUAUCACAGACAAUCAAGUCUCGAUGAUUGUGACUUAGAGGUUUAAUUUACCCACAAUGCCCUUUAGAAUGUGAGACACUGACGAUUAGAGAUCUCCUGGGUUUUUCCCCCGCCUUUGUGAGACCCGUUAGGAUUUCUUCAGUUUGGGAGGACAGUUGACUCAAGAACGCUCGCUUUCUGUGGUUUUUUGCACUUUUUUCUGCUUUAGAAUGUAAAACUGACGUACGUCUAAAGGUUUUCCUGUUAAUCGGUAAAAGGAGACGACGAAUCGCCAUCCUGGGAUACGACACUGCUGCAACAGCGCUACACUGGUGUUCGCGCCUUUAUUUGUUUAUUUGUUUUUGUUGUCAUAUGAGUCAUCUCACAGUAGAAAUAGUCAGUGUUGUGUCUUUGAAACUUCAUGCGCUUUGUGGGGGUCAUGAGACAGUCCUGCUUGUCCGAUCGAUAUUUUCAGCCAAACUUAUUGAAAGUUAUCUUCAGUUCUGAGUGAUUUCUAUGCAACAUCCACUGUAAAUGGUAGGAAUUGCAUCUUGACUUGCCAGAAAUGAAUCAUUUAAAGAUUUUUGUAUUUCUUUGGAAAUUCUGCACCACUUUCUUUCACUUGAACAAUGCUUUGAUAUGAUUUAAUUGUGUUUUAUUUCAACAUGUGAUUUUUGUAACGCUAUAUGGUUGUUUAGUUUUGGCUUCUGAGAUCAUUUCAUAUGUUAUAUAUUUGUUUACAGUACAUAUCAGAUGUACAGAAAACGGAAGACUUGCUCACAACGUAGUACUUGUUUACAAUGUUUGGAGGGCCUGAAACUCAGAGAUCUAACCUUUCUGCCCUUGUGCAUGAACAAACACACACACACACACACACACACACACACACACACACACACAGUAAAAAAUUCCACACAGCAAAGAAAUUAGAGUUUUUUGUGCACUUCCCCUUUAAAGAGUUUUAAUUUGGUUUGCAUAUCAGAAAAAAACAAAAAAAUAAAAGAAAAAUGUUGUAAGCGAUGGACGUUUCCCCCUAUAACAACUGAAAUGUUAAGGUUUGUGUGUGUGUGUGUGUGUGUGUGUUUUAUUAUUACUUCUUGUCGAUGUGCUAGUGUGUGUAGCAUCUCCAUACCAAGUCCAUGCACGUCAUCCACUCUAAUCUCUUCUUUUAAAUGUUGUCUAAGAAAUGCAACUCAAAAGUCUAACACAACACACGUUUCACACACACACACACACACACACACACACACACACACACACACACACACACACACACACUUUCCACCUCUAUGUUUCCAGCUUUGUAAAUACAUGAAUUCAAUUUUUAUUUUAUAUAUUCUGGGGUUUUGGGGGCGUGGAGUCUUUUAGCAGACAGAAAAAGGUUUGGGAUCUUAGAAGCAACAAGAAGUUGCGUCUCUUUUGAUCAGCUCACAUGAGAGAGAAUAAGAAAAGAACCACAUGUUUCUCUACAGGGACUCGGAUCCACCACCCCCUCCACACAGACCGCUGAGAGGUUCCCACGACCUAAAACACAAAAGGUUUUAUUGUAUCAACUCGAGUUGUUGCAGGAGAAUUUUAAAUGUGCUCACUGGAUGUUGCAUGUUUUGUUGGUGGUUCAUACUAUUUUUGUGUCCAGAUAUUAUUACAGAAAAACUAAGUAAGAAAGAGGUAUAGAAUAAUUUAGAUGAAAAAGUGAGAGGGGAGGGGGCAGGGAUUAUGAGGGAGAGUUAUUGAUCAUGUAUGCUAACUGUACAAAGAUGAUGCUUGUAAAACCUGUCUGGUUUUCCACUUGUAAGUAAAACAGAAGCUAAAUAAUAAUUACUGUCAUGGUUUUGUGAUUGUAUACAGAAGGUAUUGAUAAAUUAUGCAAAAUGUGCUGUAAAAAUGGCUAUUGCCUCAUGUCUAAAUAUUAAAUAUCAGUACAAACGAA